AGAGAGCAAAAGGGGAAGGAGGCACUGGGACCCACAGCAUUGCAGAAAACCCCCGAGGAUGCCUGAGAGCUGAUGCAGGCAGUCUGGAGAGUCUGGGAAGAGAAGGACCCUUUUCAUCUUCUCUACAGCCUCUGAUGCAGCCAGGUUAAUCUCCUUCCCGCAGAAAAGAGCUCUGUGUUGCCUCCGUAGCAGAGGGCUAUGUUGGACCACCAGACUGGGGGAGACUUUGCUUAAUUUUCUCCGUCACUUUGGAUCUUUACAACUUGGCCUUCUUACUGGCAAGAGAGAAAGAGAGAGAUCGUGCAUAAAAGGCCAACUUUGGGGCUCUUUCAAACAUCUCUGUACAGCUAAGGAUGUUCCAGACGGUACCAGACACUUCGUCUUACGUCAAGGUAAGACAUGACAGCAUCUUUAAGCAGGAGGCCCUCUCCGUGGUGAGUGAAGAUCAGUCCCUCUUUGAUUCCACCUACGGCGCUGCUGCUCACCUCCCCAAAGCAGACAUGACAGCCUCAGGGAACCCCGAUUAUGGCCAGCCCCACAAAAUCAACCCUUUGCCUCCUCAGCAGGAGUGGAUCAACCAGCCAGUCCGAGUCAACGUCAAGAGGGAGUACGAGCAUAUGAAUGGAUCCAGGGAGUCCCCGGUGGAUUGCAGCGUCAGCAAAUGCAACAAGCUGGUUGGUGCCGGGACCGAAUCAAACCCCUUAAAUUAUGGCACCUACAUGGAUGAGAAGAAUGGACCUCCUCCCCCCAACAUGACAACCAAUGAGAGGAGAGUCAUUGUGCCAGCAGACCCCACAUUAUGGACCCAGGAGCAUGUCCGCCAGUGGCUUGAGUGGGCUAUCAAGGAGUACGGCUUGAUGGAGAUCGACACCAACCUCUUCCAGAACAUGGACGGGAAGGAGCUCUGCAAGAUGAACAAGGAGGAUUUCCUCCGGACCACAUCUCUCUACAACACGGAAGUUCUGCUGUCUCACCUCAGCUACCUCAGGGAAAGUAGUUCCUUGCUGUCUUACAACACACCAGCCCACACGGAACAAUCCUCUCGACUCAAUGCCAAAGAAGAUGCUUCUUCCUAUGAUGCAGUCAGAAGAUCAGGAUGGGGCAAUAGCAUGAACUCCAGCCACAACAACAAAAGUCCUCCUCUGGGAGGGACGCAAGCUGUGAGCAAGAGUGUGGAGCAACAGCGACCCCAGCCAGAUCCCUACCAGAUUUUAGGACCUACCAGCAGCCGUUUAGCCAACCCAGGGAGCGGUCAGAUCCAGCUCUGGCAGUUCCUCCUGGAGCUGCUGUCUGACAGCUCCAACGCCAGCUGCAUCACGUGGGAAGGCACCAACGGGGAGUUCAAAAUGACAGACCCCGACGAGGUGGCCAAGCGCUGGGGCGAGCGCAAGAGCAAGCCCAACAUGAACUACGACAAGCUGAGCCGGGCCCUGCGCUACUAUUACGACAAGAACAUUAUGACCAAGGUUCACGGCAAGAGGUAUGCCUACAAGUUUGACUUUCACGGCAUCGCCCAGGCGCUCCAGCCUCACCCCACCGAGUCCUCCAUGUACAAAUACCCUUCGGAUCUCUCCUACGUGCCUUCGUACCAUGCACACCAGCAGAAGGUGAACUUUGUGCCUCCACAUCCUUCCUCCAUGCCCGUCACUUCCUCCAGUUUCUUUGGCGCUGCGUCGCCCUAUUGGACUUCCCCGGCAGGAAGCAUCUACCCCAACCCAAACGUGCCACGCCAUGCCAACUCCCAUAUGCCAUCGCACCUGGGCAGCUACUACUAGGCGCCUUUCUCCAUGUGACGAGCUGUUCUUUUUCCAUCCGUGGAUAUCUCUGGACAUUUCUUUUCUUGUUGCUGUUGGACAUGUGCCUUUCCGUUGGGAAGAAAGCUGAAAAACUGGAUAUUAUAAUUAUUAUAAUUAUUAUUGGAGUCAACUUUUUCUUUUUUUGUAACUCUGUCUUGGACAGGCAGGUGGAUUCUCCGGCGGGCCAGUAUUACGCGUUUUAUUUUGGUUCUAAGCCUUAUAUCCUCUCUAGAGCCAAGUGGAAUGCGUUUUGGAAUUUGCAGUGGUUAUCACUUCAGAUCUUAGACAAAGCGUUGUAAAGUCCAAGGCGCUUUUUGUUUUUCUUUUUUUGUUUUGGGAAGGAAAAGACCAAGACCUCUAAGUCUUAGAAGAUAAAUGUUUGUUUGUUCCAGACUAAUGGCGAUGACCAGUUUUUUGUUUUGUUUUGUUUUCCGGUUUGGGGGCGGAAGCAGAAGCCAGCUCCUAUAUUAUAGGACUUUGUUUGGAGACACCCAACUGGAAUCUUAGCUAUGAAGCCAAUUGUGGCUUGUUGCUUUUCACCCAACUGGAAAAAAAAGAGAGAGAGAGAAAUUAAUAAAUAUAUAUAUUCCUAUAAAUAAAUAUGUAUAUUUUAAGACAAGGGCAUUGAAAGGACCUUUUGAGAAUGUGCAUUGUUGUUGUAUCAGUUUUGUUAAUAUCUCCUGAAGCAUCUGAGACCAAGGGAAAAAGAAGACGUUAUAGUGGAUCAUGGGCAGGUAGUCUUAUGAAUGCAAAAUGGAACUAAUUUAAAUGACAGCAGCUCCCAAGCUUGGCCAGGGUUUCAGGGGCUGCGAGAGCAUAACCGAUUCACGAGCGCUGUGCGUUUGUCAGGCCGCUACUCAGAGGGUCAACCAAGUCAGAAGGCAACUUACUGUAUAAAUUAUGCAGAGUUAUGUUUUUACCUAUAUCUCACAGUAUUAAAAAAGAAAGAUGAAAACUAAAACGAGUUGACCUCGGUCACAAAUGCAGUUGUUGUUGUUUUUUACUAUCAAAUCCAUUGUUGUUGGUGUUGUUUUUAAAAAUGUAAUUUGUACAUCUUUUCAAUCUGUACAUUUGGGGUGCAGCUUUGUAACUUUUUUUUUGCUAAAAAAAAUAAACUUAAAAAAAAAGGAAAGUGUA